UUAUAUAAAUUUUUACAAACUUAAGAUUAAUAUUAAAAAUUGACUUAUCCUAACGAUUUCUUUCUUGAAUCAGUCGGUGAGCAUCUUCUUUCCCGUAAAUCAUAUCGAUUGGGUCCGCUUUAAAACCCCCAUCAAACCCUAUACAAUUACAACUAGGAAACUAAGCAAAAAAAUCUCACCAUUUCAUUCCUACAUCGCUCUGUGGACCGCUUCAUUUGCCGAAGGACUACAUAAUUAGCUAUCAUGGCAACAAGGAAUUUUGCAAGACAUGUUUCCCGAAGAUUGUCUAGUGGUGGCAAAGUUCUUAGUGAGGAGGAAAAAGCUGCAGAAAAUGUUUACAUCAAGAAAACUGAACAAGCGAAAUUGGAGAAGCUGGCACAAAAGGGACCCAAGCCAGAAGAGAAACCAGCUACUACCUCAGGGGGUGGAGGUGAUGCCAAACCAAGUGGCUCGGCCCCAACUGCUGGAGCAUCAACCGAGAAAGUAUCAACUGACAAAUACAGAAACUAUGCAGUUGUGGCAGGUACUGUAACUGGUCUUGGUGCUCUGGGAUGGUAUCUCAAAUCACGCGGGAAGAAGGAAGAGGAAGUUCAGGACUGAGAAUGACAUGCAUGUGAUGAAUAUGAGAACAAUGGACGAUAGCUCCCAUGACUAUCACAUCUCACUGAAUUCAUGUAGUAAUUAGAAUAAAUCAAACUACUUCAUGUAUUGUCUCCAUUUUGUUUGUUAUUCUCUGCUUAUUUCGACAGAUUAUAGUUUUCUUCAAUUUGCUUAUAUCCUGAGUCUGGCAAUGGUGUUCCAGAAAAUGGGUUUUUGUUUUAGCUUUAUAAGAACUGAGCAUCCUCCAA